UUACAUAAAAAAAUGACGUCAAACAUCUGCGCCGAGCUUUACCACAUGGGAGCGUAUUUGUAGCGGUAGCAAAACAUCCGCAGUGACGUUUGGUUGUGUUAGUGAGCAUGGAAGAAACCUUUUUUUGUUUCUUUGCGGCCUAAAACAAAUCUCAAUAAAAGCCACAGACGGUUUGCUAUCAAAGUCAUUUUUUUCUAGACCAUGCCUCACGAUCCCGACCCCCCUCCGGCUAAAAAAUUCAAGCCGGGGUCAGUAUUUUUCCGUUCCGAUUAUAAUAAACCUGGAAUGCUGCUGCCUAGAAAGGGAAAUGCAACAACUCCGAUAGACAUCCAGAGGAAACAGCUUCCAAUCUACCAGGCUAAACCUCAGCUCCUAAACCAACUGAGACAGCUUCACAAUGCUAUUCUGAUAGGUAAAAUGCCCACAGGUGAGACAGGCUCUGGGAAAACCACUCAGAUCCCACAGUAUCUCUAUGAGAGUGGGAUCGGACGACAGGGCAUUAUUGCCAUCACCCAGCCCCGUCGUGUUGCUGCAAUCUCACUAGCAGGAAGGGUGGCAGAGGAAAAGAGGACUCAGCUUGGAAAGCUGGUUGGUUACACGGUGCGUUUUGAGGAUGUCACCUCCUGGGAGACAAAGCUGAAGUUUGUGACAGAUGGCAUGCUUCUGCGUGAAGCUAUCGGAGACCCGUUACUGUUGCGUUACACUGUGGUGAUCCUGGAUGAAGCUCAUGAGCGCACCGUGCACACUGAUGUGCUGUUUGGUGUGGUUAAGACGGCUCAACGCAGGCGCAGAGAACUUAAUAAGAUUCCCCUGAAGGUCAUAGUGAUGUCAGCCACCAUGGAUGUGGAUUUGUUCUCAGAGUACUUCAACAAAUCACCUGUACUGUACCUGGAAGGGAGGCAACAUCCUAUUCAGAUCUACUACACUAAGCAGCCCCAGUCAGACUACCUGCAGGCUGCACUCGUCUCUGUCUUCCAGAUCCAUCAGGAGGCGCCUCCGUCCCAUGACAUCUUGGUCUUCAUGACAGGUCAGGAGGAAAUCGAGGCCCUGGCCAGGACGUGUCGAGACAUCGCCAAGCAUCUGCCUGACGGCUGUGGUCCCAUGGUGGUUAUCCCUUUGUAUGCAUCGCUGCCCCCAGCACAGCAGCUCAGGGUCUUCCAGCCAGCUCCCAAGGGGUCUAGGAAAGUUAUCCUUUCAACGAACAUUGCUGAGACAUCUGUUACAAUCUCUGGGAUCAAAUAUGUCAUAGACACGGGGAUGGUGAAAGCCAAACGUUUCAAUCCUGACAGUGGUCUAGAGGUGCUAGCAGUGCAGCAAGUUUCGAAGGCCCAGGCAUGGCAACGGGCAGGUCGGGCUGGCAGGGAGGACUCUGGCUCCUGCUAUCGUCUCUACACUGAGCAAGAAUUUGACAACUUCAUCCCCAUGACUGUGCCUGAGAUCCAGAGGUGUAACUUAGCUGGGGUAAUGCUGCAGCUUAUGGCUCUAGGAAUUCCAGACGUGAUGAAUUUUGAUUUCAUGUCCAAGCCUUCUCCAGAGGCCAUUCGUUCUGCUGUGGAGCAUUUAGAACUGCUGGGUGCUGUGGAGAAGAAAGAGGGGCAGGUUUUACUCACAGCUCUUGGAAAGAAGAUGGCAAGCUUCCCUCUGGAGCCUAGAUAUGCCAGGACCAUCCUGUUGUCCACGGACUUUUCCUGUUCUGAGGAGAUUUUGAGCAUCGUGUCUCUGCUGUCAGUGAACAGCGUGCUGUAUAGCCCUCCAGCCCGGCGAGAAGAGGUGCUCGCAGCACGGAAGAAGUUCACCUCCAGCGAAGGAGACCACAUGACACUCCUCAACAUUUACAGAGCAUUCAAGAAAGUCAGUGGUAAUAAGGACUGGUGUCGGGAGAACUUUAUCAACAGCAGGAACAUGGUUCUGGUCAAAGAGGUCCAGGCACAACUCAAAGAAAUCUGCCUUAAGCUGAAUUUGAAGUUGGAGUCGUGCGGGGCGAACACAGGGAACAUCCGCCGCUGCCUUGCCCAUGGAAUGUUUGUCAGUGCUGCGGAGCUACAGCUUGAUGGCAGCUAUUUAGCGCUGGACACCCACCAGCCUGUGGCAAUCCACCCCUCCUCUGUUCUUUUCCAGGCCAAGCCAGCAUACGUGGUCUUCAAUGAGCUGCUGCAAACCUCCCACUGCUACAUGAGAGACCUCUGUUUGGUAGAUGCGGACUGGCUGCUGGAUGCUGCACCAGAGUAUUUUGGCCGCAAACUCCACCCUGUCAAGAGAUAGCCAAGAGGGAAGCAGAAGGCAAUGAAGGCAAUCUCUCUUAACAAAGCCAAAUUUGGAUCAAGAUUUCACAGAAGAAAGAUUUCAGUGUAGUAGACUUCUCUGGAUUUCACUACCUCCUGGCAUGUGUCACUUCAGCAGAAAUCUGUGUUGGUUCUUCCUGAUAGGAUUUUAUCUGCCAUUCAGUUAUGUCUUUAACGGUUAGUUUUUUCAACACUUGCUUGCAUUUUAACAGCAUAGAUGACCUCACUGGAGCAUAGCUCCUGAAAUAAGCAGAGCAAUAAUCUCGAAAUGAUUUACCUGUUCAUUCUUUGUUCAGAAUCAAAACUAACUAAAGUGCUAGUCUCCUUGUGUUAAUUUCAUAAAAUACUGCACUAAUUGUUCAGCCACCUUCUCACCAAGGUAAUUCAGAGUCACUAAAGACUGCUUAGUUGUUCUUUUCUGUUGUUUUGAACACUGCUGAAGCGAUAACUGAUCUCUGCCUGUAAAAUGUUUCAUGUUUAUACAAAGGGGUCAAAGAAUUUUAUAUAUGCAAGAACAGUCGAGUUUUCUUAAUCUGAGAUUAUGUAAUAAAGAGAAAACAUGAAAAUGACCCAAGUGAGAAUUAAAGUACAAGGUCUUUGUGGCACCGUGAUAUGACAUCACUCCUACAGUACGUCUACCUGCAAGCACUUGUUUUAUUGGCUUGCGCAUGCCCUUUUUCCCAACUUUCCCAAACACAUGCACGUUGGAAGUAGCAUGCCCUAUUCUCCAGGUUCUA